AUGGGGUUGUGUGGAAGCAAACCUCAGCCAAUGCCCUCGCACGCUACCACGGUAAAACUCAAAGCAAGGAGAAACCCACCAAGUCGCGAUGCUAAGAAUGCAAAGCAAGAAUUCCCCCAAAAGGGAGAUAAAGAUAAAAAGAAAAAGAAGCCACAAUCAAUUACUCAGGAUGUGCAGAAGAAAGAAGGCAACAAAUUGAGUGAUACAGGCGAUACAAGUAAAGAUAAAAUAAGCCCCCAGGAAGCUGCAAGAUUGGCGGCUGAAAAAAGAUUUCAACAAACAAAUGAAAAGUACAAUAAGAGUGAACUGGGCAAAAAACUAGCACAAGAACGUGCCAAAUCUCACAAGACUCGUUUAAUGGAAGAGGCUGAGAAGAAGCAUUUCGAACAAGAAAGGGAAAAUAUGAUAUAUGACUGA